CGUAGCCUUACCCACAAAAUCAUUGGGUGGUGGUGAUGAAUCGUUCACCCCCCGAAGAACAACAAACGUAGUCCUCCAAGUGUUUGCAGAAAUUCUGAACAGAAAAUUAUUUUGCAGGUUCACAAGCUGAGACCAAGAUGGGUAGCAAUCCAGCCGGAAAAGAAGCCGAUAAUGUCAUUAGGAUUUGGCAAGUAAACAAAGACCGGUUGGCAUCGAUGCAACAAAAAAUCUCCGAUACGCCGCGACUUCUGAGCAAAUCGGCUGGCCGGAGCUCCUGCUGCAUCUUCAGAGUUCCCCAGAGCCUAAUUGACAUCAACGGCCGAUGCUAUCAGCCUCAUGUAGUCUCCAUAGGGCCGUACCACCACGGAGAGCCACACCUAAAAAUGAUUGAAGAGCACAAGUGGAGGUUCUUAGGCUCCUUAUUGAACCGAACAGCAAGUAAAGGCCUGGCCUUGGAGGACUACUUGAAGGCCAUACAGCCACUGGAAAUGAGAGCCAGAGAGUGUUACUCCGAAACUAUUCAAUUUGAUACCGAUGAAUUUAUUGAGAUUAUGGUACUUGAUGGUUGUUUUAUCCUUGAAUUGUUUCGGAAGAUUGGUGGGUUGGUUCCAUUCGAACCAGAUGACCCACUUAUUUCUAUGUCGUGGGUGUACGCGUUUUUCUUGAGGGAUUUGAUUCGCCUUGAAAAUCAACUUCCAUUUUUUGUUCUCCAGUGCUUGUUCGAUCUAACGAUGAUGCCAGAGGAAGAUUCAGGUCCCUCGUUGGCCACUCUAGCAUUGCAAUUCUUCAACAAUGCGUUGCAGAGACCUGUUGAAGUAAUCGCCAAGUAUACUAAUCUAGAAGGCAAACACCUGCUUGACUUUGUUCGAGGGAGUUUUAUUCCACAGGAUGAUGAAGAGCCUAAAAAUGGUAGCAAAUCACGAACCCAUGUAAUUCAAUGUAUAACAAAGCUUCGUCGUGCUGGGAUCAAGCUCAAACCCAUGAAGGCCGAUAGCUUUUUGGUUAUAAAGUUCAGACACGGAGUGAUUCAGAUGCCAACCAUCACCAUUGAUGAUUUCAUGAGCCCGUUUUUGUUGAAUUGUGUGGCGUAUGAGCAAUGUCACAGUACAUGUUCCAAACACAUGACAACAUAUGCUAUAUUAUUAGAUUGCCUCGUAAACACAGCCAGGGAUGUGGAAUACCUAUGUGACUGGAACAUAAUCGAGAAUUAUUUUGGCACUAAUGCUGAGAUUGCCAAGCUCAUCAACAAUUUGGGAAAAGGUGUGUUCUUUGACAUUGAUCUGUGCUACCUGGCCCGGUCAUUCGACGAGGUGAAUCAGUACUACCGGAAUGGCUGGCAUGUUCAGUGGGCGAGCUUUCGGUACUCUUAUUUUGACACACCAUGGUCAUUCGUUGCAUCAAUGGCUGCGUUGAUUCUUUUAGUUCUUACAAUGGCGCUGACCUUCUUUACAAUUAUGUCAUAUUAUCGUCCUUCCUAGUAAAUCUCAACAACGGUGAUGGUAGUGUUCUGUUUUUAAGUCGUGCCCAAAUUUGUGUAAUCCAUCCUAUAGCCAAAUUGGGUAGGCUUAGUUUAGCAAACCAUGGUCAUUCAUAUUGGCAUUGCUGUUUUCCUUUAGUCUUACCAUGGGACAGAGACAGACCACCUCCUCAAAUGUCUAUUAUUUUCUUCCUCCUAGGAGGGUUGCAGCUCAUGAUGUGCAUUUUGUGUCUCUUCACACCAUAUAUACUAAUGGAUAGGUUUCACCAGGAUAAAGAUCUUGUCGGUUCACAUCUAUAUAUUUGUGAAUGUAAAUUUGAUGUAAUUCUCGUACCUACCAUGAACUAGAAAUGUUAUAGGUCGCUUAUCCAAAACAAAUUGAAAAUGGAUGGAAAGACUCAUCAAUCG